AGAUAAAGAAAUAAAAUAUGGCGGGAAACAUAGAACAGCCGAGAACAAUUGAAGAUGUACAACUCUCUGCUAAUGCUGCCGGUCUUGUCUCUGUGGGCCCUGUGCAGACACUGAAGUUCUCAGAGAACUGCAUGUCGAAUGAAUACAAGUUGAUUGAACUGCCGCCAAAAUUACUUGAAAAAUUACAGCAAGGAGAAAGUUUUGUUAUUCGAGGUGAAAAUCAAGAAGAUGCAAUGCUCUGUACAAAAGAUUCCACAUAUGAAAUCAAACUAGCUGAUACCUCCAAUGCCUUGUUAUUGACACCAGAAUGUCAAACAAACAAGGAUCCAGACUUAAUUGAACACCAGGUGUGCAGUUGCCAUUCAGAAUAUUUUGAAGUGCGAUUGGUCAGACCUCAACUUUAUAAACUACGUAAUUUACUCCGAGAGACUUUGUACAGAGGACCUGAAUAUGAAACCAAGGAAAAUGGUGAAUUGAGAACCAAAGUCAGGUAUUCUUUUGAUGACUUGUUAAAUCUUGUUCAAGCAAGUGAAAAGGAAAUCUGGGAUGCAUUAGAAAAACUUGGUGCCAUUGCAAUAAAUG